CAUUGUUCGUUUCCACUGAGUACUGACCAGUGACCACUCUCCACUUCUGUAAUUCUGUUAAUCGUAAUUCGUAGUCCGUCGUCUGUGCAUUGGCCCAGCCACAGCGCCUUCAUGUACUGUUUUCGGCGUUUUCACCUCAUUUUAUAACGACUGAUGGUUAUGUUUUGUAGGUAGUUUGAAUUUUUGAAACUUCAUCAUAUAAUAAAUAAUAAUAUUAUUAUACAUUAUUCACUUACGAAGAAACAGCCGUCGCGCCGCAAGUACUUACAUAAUAGUUCGACGUCCCCAGGUCCGCGUCGUUCCGACCAACCACCGUCUAUAGCAUAGAAUUUACCAAUCCAAGAUGAGCAACCAAACAAGUACAACUGAUUCAAAAUUUAAAAUGCCUAUGGCACCUCCAGUUUAUCCUUCUCAAUCUGAAGCUUUACUUUUUAAAGACAUUAUAGAAGAGAAAACUAUUGCACUUCACAGUUUAUUGAAUGAUUUUUUGAAGGUGCAUCCUUAUCGUAAAUUUGAUAUUGAAUUUAAUAUGUUUUUAAAACGUGUAAAACGCAUUAUCAUUGAUGGGCAUCGUGCUGGUGCUAAUGUCUCUCGGAUUAUCAAUGCAUCACAUAUCGCUCCACAGUACACUAGGCCAUCAGCAAGUUUAAAUUACAGGCCAUCUACAAGUUUUAACUAUAGACCAACCACUUUGCCAAUGGGUAGUUCUAGUGACCAUAGCAUGUUGAGAUUACCAGAAAAUAAUUUUGAUUCCAACAUACCAAGCAAACUUUCAAAUCCAUUUAAACCACCAGAUUGUCUUAAACCUAAAACGGUAUUACCUCAUAUUGAUCAGUCAAGCUGUGUUUUUCACGAGUCACCUUCCACAAGUUCCUCAGUAAUGAAAGUAAGCCAAAAUCAUAAUGUGACUGUUGAAGAAAAUAAUACUCAUGAAAUUGCUCAGCAAUCUAAAUCUCUAUCAAAAAAUCAACCAACAGUACAUAAUACAUAUUCUGAUGUAAUAUUUAAAGAGAAUAAAUCAGUAUCUGAAUCACAUAAAAAUGAAAACAUAAAUUAUGAUAAUAAUUCUAUUGAAUCCCUUCUUGAAAAUGUUGGAUUUAAAAUUAUUGUUGGAUUACCAGAAAAUAAAAACGAGACCUCAAAAAAAAGUAAUACAAGUCAACAUCAUAAAAAUCAAUUAAAUGUAUUAGAUAAUGUUGAAAAAUUCUUAUCUAUGUGGUCUUUAAAUAUGAAAUUAAUCAAAUCAUCAGAACAAUCAUUAUCAAAAUAUGUUUUAAUUUUAACUGGAAAUUUGUUGGGAGAAGACAAGCAGACAGUUGUUGAAAAGCAUCACGAAGCUGGUAUUUUAGAAAGCAGAAAAGAAAAUAGUUUAGUCAAAACCAAAAAUGGAUUAUACCGUUUGGUUGGCAAUAUUAUUAGUGGAUAUCCUAACAAACUAUAUCAAACAUGCGGAUCUGUCAAUGGCAUUCCAAGAAAGUGGAGACAUUUUGUGGAACAACUUACUAGGGUUGAAAAUAAAACAAAACAUAUGUUUGAUUUUUCAAUGAGUUCCCCUAGAGGACAAAUUGCCAAACCAAUAAAAUCUGCUGUGAAUCUUGAUGCAAGUAUGACCAGAAAAGGAACAACUUACAGUAAAAAUAUAACGCUUGCAAAUCACAAAACAAAUAUAAAAAAAAAAUUGUCUGAAUAUGGUCAAACUGAACAUAAUAAAAUUAAACAUCGUAGAUUCCGUGAACAUAUGCCAUUAUUACUUACAUCCACACCAAAAAAACCAAAAAGACAGUCCACUAUGUUUGAAACUUCAAGUCAAAUUUUGAAAAAGAAAAUAAGUCAGAAUCCAAACAAACGACAAAAACUGGAUAGUGUAAACGAUUCUAUAAAUAUAAACUAAAGAAGAUAAUCUCAGUUGAAAGAACAGAAAUAAACAAAAUGUUGGAAUUUGGUAAUGAUGAAGAUGAAGAAGAUUAACCAUUGUUUUUUUUUAUUUUUGAUGAAAUUUUUUUUUUUUAUAACUUAUUUAUGCAAUCAUUUAACACAAUUUAUCAUCAAUUCAACUUGUUAUUGAUUACAUCCAUUGUCUUUUUAAGAAUUGCUAAUUUAUAAAUAUUU